AACGGAGGUAUCCGUAACGGCUUACGAAACGGAGGGAAUAUGUUGUUUAAUGGGGUUGCUUGUACAGAACGGAGCCUGUGCAACACAACGUCUACUAAUUGGAUAUUUGGAAGGGCAGAAGGCGAUGCCGUGAUCUCUUGACCCCGCCAGAAAAAAUGACGACGACAGUGAUGGAAAUGGAAUCUGCGGUGGUUGCAACGGCAAUCGGCGGCGAUUUUGUGACGGAAAAUCCGAACACAGGAAUCCGCUCCGCCUUUUGCUGGGGCGCAUCCUUCUCUGCUUUGUUUCUGUUAGUUUUGAAUCUAAUAGGGAGAAGAUCAAGUCUUCAAGCUUCAGUUCUGACCCUAUUUCUUACAGCUAGUCUCCCAGAAGCUGUUUUCCAGAUAUUACGAGGACAGUUUGGAUGUUGGGUUGCUAUUCUUGCUGUUGCUGCAAAUUACUGCUUUCCUAAUUUCUUCCCAGCUUCUUUGUCUCGCUUUAUCCUUUUUGUUGUCAUGCCGGAAUGGCUGGCCAAUGAACUGCGUCAAAGCAUUGCUGGUGGUGUGUUCUGUAUGUUGAUUUGCAUUUUACUUCUUGUAUUGGAGAUACAUGCAAAUGGAGGAUGCAGCAGUUGCUUAUGUAACUUGCAGUGCUGUGCAUAUUGGUUGAGUAUGGCUCUUCUAUUCUUCUUUACAAUACUGUACCUAUGUUUAGGAUCUUGGUAAGUGACUGGAAUCCUCGGCAGGAUUAUGAAUCAUUAUGCAAUUUUGUUAUGUGCUGAUUGAGGUACAUUUUCUCGUGGACAUUUUUGCCUUGUAAAUCUUUGUAUAUGCACAAAUUCUAUUUGUAUAGAUCACCUAAUAAAAGUAGGAAAUUCUUGGUGAAAA